AUGCCUUUAUUACUCGAACAUCGUUCUGCCAUCCCUUCUUCUCUCUACACUCUAUUGAUAGGAAGUGGUGUUGAUAGUGUGGAAGAAGUUGUGUUUUCAAACAUUGGCAAUUUAUUGAAAAAGAUUUCCCGAUUUUAUGCAUCAUCAAUAUACGAAAAAGGAAACCGAAGAGAAAUUUCAUCGGAAUUACAUAAUCAACAAAUCGAUGUAGGACAAUCACAGACAGAAAUGAGACAAGAUAUUGUGAUGGUGGAAGAUGACGAUGAAAAUCAAGAAAAAACUAACACAUCGGAUUUAUCCAAUAUCAAGUUUGAUCCAGCAUUGGUUAAAAAGCAGCUCUAUAUUCUGCAAGAAUAUUUCAUCAGCAGAUACGCUCCAAAGUCUGUGAGCGUUGAACAAAUGUUAUUGAACAAUGAAAAAGCUCAAAUCCAGCCUCUCAAUACAGGAAGCGGUACUUUGGACAUGCUUCUUGGCUCGGGAAUUCAUGUUGGAGAGUUGACAGAAAUUUUGGGUUAUCAAUCAAGUGGAAAGACUAGUUUAUGUAUGACAGUUGCUCUCAAUAGUAUUAUUGAGAAAAAUUCAAAUACUGUUCUGUGGAUUAGUUCAAACUCCUCUUUUAAUGCUCGAGAUUUUGCUAAACUUUAUGAGGCUAAAAGCACUCUUUACCGAGAGCAAAUACGUCAAUCUCAAUUAGAAUCUCAAACCUCAAACUCUGGUGAUGCGAAUGAUAUUUGUUCUCUUUGCGAAACACUUCACAAAAUUAGAGCUCUUGAUAUAAUGACAGCUCUUGAGUUGAAAAGCACUCUUUUAGAGCUUGUAAAUAUAAUAGAAAGUGGUCAAGAUGUUUUCUACAAUACUUUAAGGCUAGUAGUCAUUGACAGCUUGUCUGUCAUACUUUCACAGCUUUUUCCAACUAGAGUUAAUUCAAAAAUUUCAGAAAAAGAGGAUUGCAGUUUUGAUGAGCUUAUUCGACUAAUGAAGAAAAUUGCAAGAAAAUACCAUAUUGCAUUUCUUUAUACCAACUAUACCAUCAACGAAACUGAGGAUAGGACCACCCUUGGAGAGUCAUGUAAAUACUUUUCACACGUUCGUUUGUUAUGUAAGCGUCUCGAGAAACAACCCAUCCAAGAGGAAGGUACAUUCUUUGAGGCCAAACUUAUCAAAUCUCCUAGAAGAUCCUUAAUUCAUCCCAGAGUUUUCUUCCAAGUUAUGAGUUUAGGAGUUGUAGACGUUAUUGACACGAAUGUUCUGCCUCUGUGCCUUUGA